AUGGUUUAUAUCAUGAAGAUCCACGUUGAUGGUGGCUGUAGAGCCAACGGCCAGCCAGGCUCGAUCGGGGCUGCAGCCGCUGCUUUUAAGAGCGCGUCCGGCCGAUUCUAUGGGGAGACAACAGAAGAUUUGCUUUCAUAUACCGCCCCGACGAAUCAACGAGCUGAGAUCACAUCCAUUAUCCUCGGUCUAAGGAUGGCUUUGAAGAAGUCUGAGCAACUGGUUUCGGAUCCUCGGCUGGAUGUCACGAUAUACUCCGACUCGACAUAUGCAGUGAGCUGCAUGGAGAAGUGGAUCUACAAAUGGAUCAGAAACGGAUGGCUGAAUCGUAAAGGAGUUGAGGUAGCAAACCAGGAUCUCCUUGAAAAAGCAGUGGUUCUCGAUAGCCGGCUUAAGCAGAAGGGAGAUGUGCAAUAUGUAUGGAUUCCAAGAGAGGAGAAUCAGCAUGUGGAUAAGCUGUGCAAUGACUUGAUGAACACUAUAUGUUUAGUUGAAAGGCUGUGCAAUAGCCUGAAGAACGCGAGGUGUGAUGUGCAAAGCUCCUCUUCCGAUGACAGCUAG